AUAAAAUGAAUUUUUUCAUUAAUUAACAUAUGAAAAUAUUAAUUAUACUACUAAAAUAAUAAAUGUAAAAACCAGAGAUAAAAGUAAGUGUUAUAUAGACACAAUUGUAUUAAGAUCAAUGGUGAAAACAUUAAGAAUGAUUCGAUCUUCGGAGUUAUUCGAAUGGUCGCGAUCGAUCAAAGAAGUGACGCGGCUGUCUGUGGAUCUACCGCCACGUGAGAACUAUCGUUGAAGUGGUCGCAAAAUCUUUUUCGCCUUUGUUCAGAAAACGUGCUCGAUUUGAUCGAGCACGAUCGAAUGCUGUUCUCGGUGGAAAGAAAAUCGGGCCCUUAAACUUUGAUCCUCGAUUCAAGACGACAUCGAGAUGCGCUGCGUAUUGAAACACGUAUAUCUGACGGGUCUAUUAAUGGUGCUGAGGACUCGUUUGAUGGGCGCAGCUGCAGAGGAGCAGUCGUCGGAAUUACCGAACAAAGCACCAGUAAAAUUGAUCUGGGCGUCCGAAGGAGAUGACGUGAAUCUGCCAUGCGAUAUCACGCCACCGACGCCUCAAGAUAUGGUGAGCAUGGUGCUCUGGUUCAAAGACAAUGCCGAAAUACCGCUAUACAGCCUAGAUGCGAGAAACGGUAGCAUUGCCGGCGCCAUUCACUGGGCCGUCAGCGACGACCUCGGAAGACGAACAUACUUUCAGGUCGGCGACGGUCAUCGGGCGAAGCUGAAAGUCACAAAAGUAACGCUGAACGAUCAAGGGAUCUUUAGAUGUAGGGUGGACUUUGUAAACUCGCCAACGCGAAACUUUCGCGUGAACUUGACUCUAGUUGAGCAACCAAGCAAACCUGUGAUAUACGAUGCGCAAGGGCGGGAAGUGACAGGAGUGGGCGGUCCCUUUUUAGAGGGUUACGAGGUCGCUCUAACUUGCCAGGUGGCUGGAGGUAGACCGAGACCUUCGGUGACGUGGUGGAAAGAUGGAGACUUACUCGAUGGCGUGGUUGAUACUUCGCCUACGGUUUCCAAUAGAUUCACCCUGAACUACUUGUACAUCCAUCAGGUCACCAAAGCGUUGUGGGGAGCGAAGCUCGAAUGCCGAGCUCAGUCUGGACCUAUGGGAAAACCUAUUGUUCGUGAAGUGCCUCUCGAUAUAUAUCUUAAACCGGCCAUUGUGAAGAUUACUCUCAGCAAGGAUCAGAUUUUCGCCGGUCGUCCGAUCGCCGCUAAAUGCGAAACUUGGGGUAGUUCUCCAGCGGCAAAAAUUGUCUGGAAGUUGGGCGAGCACAAGAUAGAAGAUCCUAAUGUCGUGUCUACCACGCAAAGGGCCAAUUCGACAGUAAGCAACUUGGCUCUUGCCUUCAACAAGGACGACGACGGCAAAGAAUUGAUCUGUCGAGCGGAAAAUCCGAGAUUUCCCGGAGGGGUGCUCGAGGAGAUCAAAGUACUUAGCGUCUCUUAUGCUCCGGUGGUUGUCGCUCGUUUGGCUACUGGCUACGUCUUGGACACUUUGAGAGAAGGCGACGAUCUCAAGUUAAUCUGCGACGUUCAGAGCCAUCCACCGUCGUCGCGAGUGAUUUGGUAUCAUAAUAACCAACGAUUGGAACACAAUGUGAGCGCCGGAAUUCUGUUGGCUUCUAAUUCGUUGACGUUUCGAAUGCUCACGCUAAAACAUACCGGCGAGUACUCCUGCAUGGCCACGAACGCCGUGGGAGAAACUCACAGUGCUCCGCUUUUUAUUCACAUGAAAUAUGCACCGAGAUGUAAAGAAGGGAAAGAUAAACGAGAGAUCACUGUCGCUCGACACGAGAAGUUAUUGCUCGAGUGCGAGGUGGAAGCGCUGCCCGACGACUAUGUGCGAUUCUCAUGGACUUACAACGGAAGCAUCGGCGACGUUCUGCCGAUACCGAACUCGAGGAUCGAGAGUAAGGGACUCGUGAGCGUGCUGGAGUAUUCACCUAGCGCCGAUUUCGAUUACGGCACGCUGGCUUGCUGGGCGAGCAACAGCAUCGGACGACAAAGAUCGCCUUGUAUAUUCAACAUCAUACCUGCCAAACCACCCCAAUCGCCUUUGGACUGCUCGUUGUACAACGAGAGCAGCUCGCUGGAAGUUAAUUGCAUCCCCGGAUCAGACGGCGGAUCGCCGCAGCACUUCGUGCUGGAGGUUCGAGGAUUCCUCAGAAAUUCCGGGAUUGACACCCUUCAGACGCCUCAGAACGAUCAGGGACUGGUCGGAGAAUCGUCACCCAUAUAUCAGGACAUGAGCCCGACUCCAAAUUUCCAACUUCACGAUCUCGAGCCGGGAUACGACUACACGGUGUAUGUUUACGCAGUCAACGGACGUGGCUGGAGCGAACCCGCCCUUUUAGAACACGUCAGAAUUGCGAAUUCUGUAGGCUUCCGUAAGAAACUUGAAAAAAAUGGGAUCUUCUUAGAAGACUUGAAGAAAGCGUUGCCUCAAGCCAGCUCGGAGAACAUGAUUAUUGCCAUCGCACUGACAGGUAUAGGCGCGGUAGCGUUGGUGCUCGUCGGCAUCGGAGUGAUUAUCGGUGUGGCAGCCUGCCGGAAAAGAUCGAACACCCCCAUCUUGGACGGCCCAGACGAUUUCACCACACCCACCUAUAUCCCGGCUCAGAGAGUCGAGCCGAGAGUGAGAUAUUCUAACGAGAACAGACGCUCUCAAAGAGCGAGCCUUUACGUCGAGGAAAAUCGCAAUGAACCGGAUUUAUUGCAUCAAGUCGAGCUUGACAUGCGCGACUAAUUCGUCUGACUUCUGUACAGCUAAAAAUAAUAAUUACAGUACGUGAAAUGCAAUGUAUAAAGUAGAGGAUUCCAAGUGUAAAGUUAGUUAUUUGUUCCGACAUUCGCAUUAAUCGGUAUUUCGUCUAAUUCAUAUCGAUUAAAAGAGUUUAUAUUGAGAGGCAUCUGCCGAUGUUUAUACGAAUCGAAGAGAAAUCUCCAAACAUUCUAUUAAGCUACUUAUGUUUGUUUUAUGUGAUACAUUUCGCCGCGCGAAAGAAAACUCUGUAAUUUAGAUUGUAUAGAACUUAUAAAGAUAAAACAACACAGCUUUACAAGAUGUAUACCUAUUUUUACAACGUGAAAGGCAUUCUAGCCUCUAUGUAUAUAUUUGUGUAAGUAUUAGCAAUAUUACACGUAAGUAUAAACGAUGUAACACGUCGAGAUAAACGUGAUCUUUUUGUGUAUUUUAUCAUGUAACAAAGACUGCUACAAAAAAAUUGAGGCAAAUUUUAAUCGUAGAUGCUUCCACCUACAGGUAACAAACGCAAAUAUUUUUUUUUAUGCCCACAUCAGUCUUAUGUAAUAUUACAUUUCAUAUAUACUAUAUCCCGUUACAAUUGAUAUUCCAGAUUCUCUUUUGAAGCAGUCUGUAAGUGAAUUUAUCAUUGUACAAUACCUGAUCAGCGUAAAUUACGCUAUUCCGCAUACGAUAUAACAAUGUAAAUAAUUAUGUAUCGAACGAUAUAUAAAAAAAAGAU